GGCAGGACCCAGAACCGUAACCUGUCACCGUGUUUAAGCUAGCUACUUCCGAUUUCUUUGGGUUUUUCCUGAGAGAAAGUUUGAACAACUAACAAAAGAUCCAGUACAGCACCAGCCGGCAAAAUAGAGCUCAGAGAUGUCAUCACCACAGCCAGAGAUGGAGUCAGAACAAAGUGACCUUGAAAUGUCGGACACUGAUAGUCUGGCAAAAGAGCUGAGAGGAGUGGUGAUGGAGGAGGAAGAGGAAAAGGAGGAGACAAUGAAAAACACUGUCCUCCUUAUUGAACACACAGAUGACAAUCCUGAACCAGGCAAUACUAAGAUAAGUGAAAUGGAUCUCGUCGUGUUUAAUACUCAGAAAGCAUUGACAGAGGCCCAGUUGAAGAAGGAGAAGUCUGAGAUUUUGAAGACUCAAAAGGCCGUUACUGGAAAGAAUGAAUUUAUCAAAAUGCUUGCAUGCAUGUAUGAGGCAGAAGUUUGCAGCCAUGAAGAAUUUAUCAUGGAUUUUGAGAAGAAAUCUGCAGAUAAGAAUUAUGCAGAAGCUACAAAGGCUAAAGAGGAGCUGGAUGCUGUGAUUGAGAAGCUAACUGAUGGGACACUUGAAAGUGAAUUCGCAGAGGGAGUCCUGAAUAAAUAUAAGAGUUACAAGAACCUUCUGUUCAAUCUGUUGCUUCUGCAGGAAGCAGAGACUUCGAAAGCCAAAGUCUUGAUUAACAAAGAUGAUCAGAAUGAGAUGAAGUCUGAACCUCAAAAGAGAGUAGUUAGAAAGGGUUCGGAGAGAGAUUUGGAGUCCAGUCUGGGUCAAGUGCUGCCUUCCACCAAAGACCCCACACUGUCCUCAGCCUACAGCGACACUGUGGUCCCAGAUUCUACCCUGGAUGUGAACAGCACAGAAUAUGAGGAGUACUUUUCUAAUCCCCAGCAGCUGGUGGGUCUGUUGUCAGAUUUGACAGACCUGAACUUGUCUCAGAAUCAGAACUCCACCGGUGAGGACAACAUACUGGAGCAGACCACUGAGUUAGCCUCAGAGAAAAUGAAAGAGUUGGAAGAGAGGCUACCAUCGCUGGUAUGUAACAUGAAGGACAGAAUUGUCAAAGAACAGGAGAGAGCUGUCAUGCUUGGAAAGCAGGUUCAGCUCCACGAGGCAGUAAAAAUACAGGACAGGGAUAUCUUGGAUGCAGUGGAUAAGAAGGUGACAGAAGUGCAUUUGUGCUUCGUCGAUUGCUGGAUGACGGACCUCAGCAUCACUGAGAAGCUGUGUAAUGCUGAGCACCGUAUGUCUUUAAUGCUCCAGCAAAUUGAGAGCAUCCCUGAAGACACAUUUAAGACACUGCAGCAUAUCAACAACACGGAAUGGAGGAACAGGCUGCAUGAGGAAAAGCUGCAGCUGGAGAUCGCGAAACAGAAAGAAAAGUUAGCAAAGUACCUUAGAAGAUCUCUGCCUGAAGCUAAGAAAAUUACUGGGAGAAAGCUCAUGCCCAGAUGCUUCCCUGUCAAGCAGAAUAUUCAAGUCGUUGAGGAGGCUCCUGUCUCCCCUGAGGAGGACCUCAAUUCCUACCUCUUCUCUGAGGACUCAGAUUAAAACUCAGGUUCUCAUGCCAUUCAAAGUACAAAAAUGCAGUAAAAAUACAGCCGUUUGCAUAUGAUUGAAUCACUGUGAUCAUAUCAAAAUCUGUUUAUCAAACACAUUUCCUUACUAAGACUCCAUGCAGUCUAUGGGUACAUGCACAUGUAGAUACCUCUGACAUAAACAAAAAUCUGGAGUCUAAGAGAGCAACAUUUUUCUUGUUACCACAUUUUAAGGACAUGAUCUUUUUAUUAGAUGUUGCCAUGUUUAGUUCACAACAUAAGAUAUUACUGGUGAAUGUGAUCAGAAGUGAUGCUAGUGCAUGACUGGUUAGGUUCUCACCAAUAGACAUGCAAGAGAGUCUUCUGAACUAUCAACUAUCAAGAAGUAGCUUUGAAUGGAAAAACUGUUCUCAGGAAAUUACGUCUGUAGAUAUUCAAUUUUUCACUACAAAUUCAUAUUUUACUGUUUUGACUCCAUUUUACAGUCACAAAUUCUCAGGUGAAUUCGUCUUUUGCCCAUGAUAUCUCAAAAUGUAAAUAGUUAUUUUAGUUGAAUGUCCAAACUUUUAUUUUGUAUAAUAUCAGGAAGUGCGUGCAAAUUGUUCGAAGUAUAGCAACAGACCAUAAUAACUUUUUAAUAACAUACAUAUUGUCUUCUAAAAUCAUCACUAUAUCAAUGUUCUUCAGUUGUGUCUUUAAGAGGGAUCUGUAUGUAAAUAAUUUCAUUCAUGGGAUUUACAAGAAAACAUCUCGGUCUUGUUGCUCAGUCAGCAGUCCCAAAAGAUUUUUUGACGUUUGAAGAAUCAAAAAGUUCAGACACAUUAAAUUGUCAAUAUUCUAAUUUAGUUAUCCAGGGAUGAAAAAUAUAGCCCUGAUCUUAAUCUGGGAUUGAAUGUAUCAAUUCCACAAUUUUUCAGAAGUCCAGAAUAUCUACAGUCCAGUAAAUGUAAAAUAAAACUACAAAAGCACUCAGAGAGUGCAGUACUCCGCCAAGGCUGUUCAUUCCCCCAUAUGGCAUUGUCAGAAAUGCAGCAAUUUUUAUAUAAAUGCAACAUAGUUAUUGGUGAUCAGAAAUCAUGGCAACACACAAUGUGGCCAUUUAAUAUAGAUGUACAGACAGACAAACCAACGCUGAUUGUCACAUAACCUCCACCGCGUUACUUGGCAAAUUAGUAACACUUCACUCUGCUAUAAACAGGUUCUACACAGUUGGACAUAAAAGAAGUACACCUUCCUACAAAAUAUGUAAUUGCAACAAACACAUCAGUAAAGUAACAAAAUGAACAUAAAAAUUAUAGUUUCAAAGAAAUACACACUGUAUCGUGGUCUGAGAAAUACAUAUUUACAGUGUUCACCUGUACACAGUGUUUUCUGUUGACAUACACAUGGUCCAAUAAUGUACCAUAGUCUGUGGUAGGUACUCUCACUUGCUGGGCAAAACCAAAGUCCUCCAUGAUGGUAAAAAUGUGGUGAUGGGGAUUCAAUGAGAUCGAUGUUAAAAUCCCCCGUGGAGAUGGUUAGGACAUCUGUCGGCAGGGAUUUCAUGAGGCUUUGCAGGCUGGAAAUGAAUGUUGGUGUAGUCAAAGAUGAUGGCCUGUAGAGAGUAACAAUGUUGAUUUUUGUUGGCAUUUCAUGACCCUUUCAGCUGUGUAUUCUAGCUGGUUGGCUGUCAAGUUCAUUUCCUGAGACGAGAUAUCUUCUCUAGCAAUCAUCAUCACACCACCUCCUUGCCCUACUGUGACAUGACUGUCUGCUCUGAAGCAGACAGAUAAUCUGAUUCCCACCACAGAGCCAGCUUUUUUAACCAGUUUGUUCAGACACCUUGCAUCCUUGUGUUUUAUACUGCCCCCCAGCUGACUGCAGCAUAAAACAGAACACUUGCCAGCACAGACUGAUAAAACAUCUGCAGCAUCUUACUGCAGAUGUCUAUUGAUCGGAGUCUUCUGAGGCAAAAGAGGCGGCUCUGCCCCAUUUUGUAGAUGAAGUCUAUGUUUUUAGACCAGUCCAACUUAUUAUCCAGAUGUACACCUAAAUAUUUAUACGAUGUCACCACCUCGAUGUCCACGCCACAAGUGUUCACUGGCUGAAGAGGGGGUUUGGAUCUGCAGAAAUCUAUGAUCAUUUCCUUUGUCUUUGAGGUGUUGAGUAGCAGGCAGUUUGUGUGACUCCAGUGACUGAAGGCACUUAUCAGAUCCCUGUAUUUGGCUUCAUGUCCAUUUCUGAUACAUGUCACAAUAGCAGUGUUAUCAGAGUAUUUCUGUAUGUUGCAGGACUCAGUACUGUAUUUGAAGUCUGAUGUAUACAGUGUGAAGAGGAAUGGAGCCAGGACUGUUCCUUGUGGUGACCCAGUACUGCUCAUUAAUGUCCCAGAAACACAGCAACAUAGAAUCUGGCCAUUUAAUAUAGAUCUACCCACAAACUAAAUGAAUAAAUAAAACAUUACUUUGUGGUGAGUACAGGUGUGUGUUAUGCAUGUGGACAUCAUGUACGGAUACCGAAUCGCGUGACCUAAAUAUGUAGCGGGCUGUGUGAAUUGAUGCAGGCAGCUGACGUGCCACUGUCUUGCAAUGACACAGAAAUCUGUAACAAAUCUGUGGCUCCAGACUGUAAGCUGCAUUACUGCCAAAAUCUAAUCAGGUGAUCCUUGUGUCAUUUUAAACCUUCCCUGAAAAUUUCAUCCAAAUCUGUUAGUCCGUUUUUGAGUAAUGCUGCUAACAGACAGACAGACAGACAGACAGACAAACCAACACAGAUUGUCACAUAACUCCACUGCGUUCCUUGGUGGAGUAAUAAUGAAUACAAGAGGAGAUGCUCAAUAUAUUAAAAAAAAAAAAAAAAAAUCACUGAAUAUUUUUGAAUGAAGUUUCAUGUUGAAUUUCCCCACUUCAUUAUAAAAUUAAACUCUGUUUUUUUAAUCAGGCAUUUUAAUGUGUAGUUUGAAAGCUCUUUUUCUGUUUUUGUAGUAAUCAGCCUGGGAGCAUACACUGAGGGGCCUUCCAUAAUUUAGACAGUGCCAUAAUCUCUUAGCCAGCUCAGAAGUAUUAACCCCAAUACAGUAUUUACCCUCCCCAUUAUCACCAUCAUUGACCCUGCUGGUCUCACACUGUCACCAGCUUACCCACUUACUGCACACUGGCCAAACACUAACACCUCCAUCAUCCAUUACACACAGACUGCCUCUCCUCUGAUAUUUGUCCUCCUAUUAUGGCUUUCUAGUCCCUACUCUAUAUUGAUCACUGCCAAUGCCUUGGCAGUUAUUACCCAUUAAGAGUGAGUAACACAGCAUCAGUGUAUAAUUUCACACUCCCUUUCAUGCUUGCCUUUGUGGUAAUCUAAACUAACGGUAUCAAAAGAAAAGUCCAGUGUUUCUGUUAAAAUCAUGAAUGAGCUCUAAAGAUGUCAUUAUUAUAAUUGAGGGUUCAGUGCUUUUCAUCCACACGGUUGUCACCACGGCUUUCAAGCAGAUGGACCUGGUGUUCAUUAGGUGCUAAGUGAUGAAUGAUGGUGAUGCAGUGGAAUGCAGAGAGUCUAGGAGGGGGGCUGAUCAUAAACAAAGCACCCACAGGUGCUGAAAUAAUUUGGGAUUUGUUUUACUUUUUGUGUCCUUGUGUGGCAGAAUCAUGAGAGAUUUCAUUCACUGAUUCAAUAUGCUUAAAAUUUUAAUCUAUAACGCCUCCAUAGCUGCCUGGUACACUAAAAAAUAAUUGUUGAGCUCAAAUUUUGUUAUGGUAACUUCUAAUAAAACUAUGUUCAACCAACAAAGUACAUUGAGUUAGGGGAAUUAGUUUUUCUCUGUACAAUCUAAGUUAUUUUUAAUUAUCAUAUUGUCCAAGCAUGUUAAAGUAGGGAAGGAGACUUGGAAAAAUAAUGUCAAAAAUAGCCCAUUAGGUUACCUUAACUUGAAUUUAUUUUUUAACCAACCAACUGAAAAUGUUAGUUCACUUUACCACACAAUAUUAAGUUAAUGCAAUUACUUAUUAUGUCAGCCCACCCCGCAGAAUAACAAUUUAAAAGGUUUAUCUAAAUGACUAAGUUAGAUUUUUUUAAAUAUUGUAACCGUGCAUUUAGUUAAGCGAAGGGAAUAGGUUUAAGAGUGUACAUGUACAAGCAUUUUAUUAAAGAAGCAGUCCACCGAUUUUACAUGACGUUUAGUUUACUUGUCAUAACAGUAGAACUUGAAUACGACUUCUGAGGCCAGGAAAGGCGCUUUCCCAAAAAACAUAUCAGUGAUGAUCUAAUGAUGCUCUAACCUACUGAAAUAUGCCUUUAUAUGCAUUCUUGCACUCUUGAUAGCACCCUUUUAAACUUUACCAAAUGCUGACACAUCUUUAAUGCAUUAGGUGAAGAAAUACAAGAAAUGACAUUGCUCUUGCAAAUUUUAGGCAAAAAUUAAGACAUUGUGUAGUGUAGUACUCUCAUGCUCCUAGGCUUUCACUUUUCACUUGGUGCCAUCUGUUGGUUAUUGCAGGUAAUACAUGUAAAUGAGUUGAUGAUCUGUGGUUUAAGGCAUCUGUCCUUUCAGAUGAUUUUCUCAGUAUAACAUUUAAGACAGUCUGAAAAUACAGUCCAAUGGAUUCAUAUAUCUGUGAAUUCCUAAAUAAUACUGUUUGGCAGGAGUUUCUGUCUGAGUAUGUUAUGUGUAUGUGACUUACUGGUUGUUAUUGUGCAGGCGAAACAAAUGUGAGGUUUGCAUGAAGAA